UUCCUAUACCAACAACACAGAUUAUUUCUUCAUUUAUUCGAAACAGUUGGAAAUAAUCAAUAACAAAUGAUAUAUUCGUGCAUUAAAGUGUAAUAAAAAUGAAUCGCAGUAAAAUUUCCUUCGGGAAAAUAAAUCUUAAUCCCAAUAAGCCUGCCGCAGCAGUAGAAAAACCAGCAGAAAUAGAGGAUGAAGCCACGACUUCGGUGAACACCGGCGGUGGUUUCAAGAAAAUGGGAAAAGAGCAGUUGAUACGUCAAGUAGAAGAGGUGACAGACGACAUGGAAAGUCAGCACCUUAAAGAAGUGAUGGGAAUAAGCGGGUUUGGAAGGAAAACCGCGAAAGUUUUCGAUAUAAAUGAACAAAUAGCCAAAGCACGUGAAGUCGCGCCGCCAAAGCCACGUACAGAUACCGACCAAGGUAAGGCUGGUGAGGAUGAUGAUUCGGAUGAUGAACCUGCAUUUGGCCCCUUACCUACUGACGCUGUAGGUGCUGCAGCAGACACUAAUAAACAAUCAGUGACCAAGUUGAAAAAAACGAAUCCAGACAGUGAUGAUGAUGAGGAUGACGACGACGACGAGAAUAGUGACGAUGAGGGGCAUCUGGAGCGCAAGAUACCGAAUACGCAUGAAGUGCAAAUGCAACAUGGUUCACGUGCUGUGCUCGCACUUGCCGGCGAUCCCGCAGGAGCACGUCUCGUUUCCGGCUCAAUCGAUUAUGAUAUGUGCUUUUGGGAUUUCGCCGGCAUGGAUGCGGCAAUGCGCAGCUUUCGUACCAUACAACCUUGUGAGAACUACCCCAUACGCGCUCUACAUUACUCCGUUACAGGCGACAUGAUUCUGGUGGUGUCAGGUAAUUCACAGGCAAAAAUUCUUGAUCGUGACGGAUUUGAGAAAAUGGAAUGUGUAAAGGGCGAUCAAUAUAUUAGCGACAUGUCGCGUACAAAGGGCCACACCGCUCAGCUUACCUCUGGCUGUUGGCACCCUUAUACACGUGAAGAGUUCCUUACAGCGGCACUCGAUGGCACGCUUCGAAUUUGGCAUGGCCUUAAGUCGAAGGAACAAAAGACAGUAAUUAAAACACGAGCGCAGGGCGGUUUGCGUACCAACGCUUCCGCGUGCAUCUUUAAUCGCGAUGCAACGCUAAUUGCCGCCGGUUGUGCUGAUGGUUCGAUACAGAUGUGGGACACGCGCAAAAUGUUCGUCAACACGACACACUGUUUGCGUGGUGCGCAUCAAAAGGGUUCCGAAAUUAGUUCAAUUCAAUUUUCAUACUUGGGAACGCAUUUGGCAACACGUUCCAAUGAUGAGACAAUGAAGUUGUGGGAUUUACGAAAGUUCAAAGAUCCACUGCAUUCGUGGACUGAUCUAUUUUCACGUUACGACACUACGGAUUGUUGCUUCAGUCCGGAUGAUAAAAUGUUGUUGACUGGCGAAUCAUUACCAAAAGGUGCCAAGGAAGCGCAACUGCAUUUCUAUAGCACACAAACCUUUGAAGAGGUGAAACGUAUUGGUGUUACAGACUCACAUGUCAUAAAAGCACUAUGGCAUCCGAAGCUGAAUCAGAUAUUCGUCGGUUGCGGCAAUGGUGUCAUCAAGUGCUACUACGACGAACUACUCAGUUCGCGCGGUGCCAAAUUGUGCGUGGUCAAGACACAUCGCAAGAAAAAACACACAGAAAUGAUUGGUGUAUCGCAAAUUAUUACACCGCAUGCCUUGCCAAUGUUUAGGCAAGAAAAAUCGAGGUCAUCACGUAAGAAAAUGGAAAAGGAACGUUUGGAUCCAGUCAAAUCGCGGCGACCAGAUUUGCCAAUAACCAGCGGCCAAGGUGGACGUGUUGCGAGCUCAGGUGGCACACUCUCCUCAUAUGUCAUAAGAAAUUUGGGCUUGAGCAAGCGUGUCGAUGACGACCAAGAUCCACGUGAGGCGAUUUUGAAAUAUGCUAAGGAAGCGGAGGAGAAUCCUUAUUGGAUAGCGCCGGCAUACAAAAAGACUCAACCAAAACCGAUAUUCACGGAGAGUUCAGGCGAGCCCGAUGCAAAGAAAGCCAAGGAGGAGUAAUUAAUUUAGUUAGAUUUAGACGAUGAAGACUGCGGUUUGGUACGUAAAUAAAGAAUGUGAGUGUGACCAUCAA